UUCCCAUCGACCAUAUGAUCUUGUUAGUAUAUCCCUGCCAAGAAGAGCUCUCCCCGGCCAACGCGCCCAAUCUGCUGGAGCUGACUUAAUUUAAUCAUCUUGCGCUUUUGUGAUCACAUAAAGUUUGUCAUCCAUUCUCAAGCAUACAUAAUUCUAACUUGCUAUUCUCAUCGUACCUAUACGGUGCACACGAAAAGCUCUCUGUGUCGUGUACUAUACCAUCCGUAUUUCCUUUUUCGUCUCCAUUACCAUUACAUUUCAUUGUUCCUUUCAAAACACGUCAUGAGAGGGUCGUAUUGUCCAUGACAUUGUUUAAAUGAUCCUUCCGCACCUACUUGACUUACCCGUGAUCUCGAAGCGUUUAAUCCCUUCUUCCACGGCCGAUUAAUAAGUAAUUGUUUAUAUCCCUCUGCUUGACUACCGGGGUGGUUCUGCGCUUUGUUCUAUUACCUCUAUAUCUUCACAGUCCGGCACGCGUUGGCGUUGGAAAAAGUUUGGGAGUCGGCGCCUACGAAAACGCGCACAGCACUACGUAUCUUUUGGUGGCGGCUUUCUAUUGAACGCUAAUUCCCCACCUGUUCCGAGUUCCGAACGACAUAAAGCUCCCAGCUAUAUGAGAGGAUGACUGGCACUUCUGUCCGGCUAAUCGAUGACCGCGGACCCCUUUCAACUUUAUUCUUACAAGAGUCUCACAACCCUAUGAAUUUGUCGCCUCAAACAUUGAGAUGAGCCGGAAUCCUUUAAGGAUUACUGUACCUGCUUGGGUGGAAUUAUACGACGAAGAUGCACAUGGCCCGAAGCAGGACAAGCAUCUCAAGCCUCCCCAACCAAGCGUCCACCCAGAGCAGAGCAAGGGAAACCGGCCGUUGAGGAGGAGGGUAUCGAAGGAUGGCUAUGUGGACUGGGUCGACGAAAAACAUGAUCGUGUAUCCAAACUCCCGGUGUUCCUAAGGAAACGAGCCGACAGGCCAGGACGACGAUGGGAUCAUUUACGCACGGCAGAGCCUGUGAUUAUGGGGCUUGGCUACCGAGCACCUAAUGAAGACCCAUACGAGAGAUGGAGAGAUUUCAUUCAAUCCUCUUCGUACGGCCGGAGUCCCGAUGACGAGUUCGAGGUGGUACCUUAUGAGACUCUGGAACAACAAAUGCCGGGCCUCGACAAGCCGGUACGAAGUCCAUUACAUCCUCUAGAUCCUAAGACUAAGGGGAGGUCUAGGAAGAAGACAUGGAUCAUGAAGAUUUCCAACUUCGUACUAAGGCACCCUAUCGCACCACUCAUCUUCCGUCUGAUAGUCUUGAUCACUUCGAUCGCGGCCCUUGCCCUUGCGUGUAAUAUCUUCCAGAGAAACAAGAACCCGGAAAUUUCAGCCGCAAAUACCCCGGAGACAUCACAGGCGAUUGUCGCUAUUGUCAUCGACGUUGUCGCCAUCCCUUACACUCUUUAUAUGACCUGGGAUGAAUACACGGGGAAACCUCUGGGCCUUCGACCCCCGGCGCAAAAGGUGUCUCUUACACUCUUGGACCUCGUUUUCAUCGUGUUAAAAUCUUCUAGUACGGCGCUGGCGUUCGAAGCAUUGGUGUAUCAUAGCGGCGACGGCUUAUCAACAAACGCUGGCUCGUCGGAGAUGGAAGAUGUGUCUUUACAUCUGGCUAGGGGGCUUGCAGCGCUGACGCUAGUAGGGCUGAUCGCCUGGAUUCUGAAUUUCACUAUCAAUGUGUUCAGACUUGCGGAGAAGCUCGGUGGGAUAGAUAAUGUGCAUGAAAAAUGAACCAUGCAAGCAGAUGAAUAAAUAUAUCUUAAAGUCAUACUAUCACGAUAUCUUAUAAUGAAUCUGGGCGGGUCAAAAUAGGGUACAAUGUAGGUAUAAGGUGGUAGGAGAUACAGUACCUAUAUGGAGCAACGAAAAUCAAGUAUUAUGUAAUACAGUAGGUAUUCAAAGUACCCGUGUAUCUUUUGGAGGGGCAGUUGCGUCCGCUUUAGGUACCUAGAUACGUUAACCUAGUUGAGUGUUGAAGGUGGGGGCGGAGGCGGUAACAACGCACUAGCCUCAUUAGGUGACUAGGAUUGUCGUCUCUGCCGGGUCAUUUUUGGAGUGAUGCUCUUGUCUGCCUUAACUCCCAGGUCUUAACUCCUA